UUCAACUAGCCCUCCACAAACAAUUUUAUAUAUAUUGCUAAUAAUAAAGAGAAAAAAACAUUGCUUUCAUGAUUGUACGGUAAAGAUGGCGUGAAUAUUGUGCAUGUGAAUCAAUCCCCAACCCAUGUGCUUUUUUUUCCUUCUUCUCUGAUUGUUUAUUUGCGUGUUAGAACAGUGUAGCUAGCUAAUCGGCCAAGAUUCUCUUUUUCAAUCACAUUAUUACAAUAUCAUACUCAUACUGCUACACGAAGAGGGUGGGUACACACAGUGUGUGUUUUUGGCAGAAAUGGAGGUGCCGCCGACUUCAGCCGAAGAUGGCUCUCUGGUGUUCGAGGUUAACAGGGAGAGUUUCGAGGUCCACGAGAUUGACCCCUCGACUACUUUGCUUGAGUUCUUGCGCUCGAGGACCCGUUUCAAGAGUGUCAAGCUUGGCUGCGGUGAAGGCGGUUGUGGAGCUUGUGUUGUUCUGCUGUCAAAGUACAAUACCAAUCUCAAGCAAGUUGAGAAUUUCACAGUGAGUUCAUGUCUUACACUUUUAUGCAGCAUUAAUGGCUGCUCGAUUACAACAAGCGAAGGCCUUGGAAAUAGUAAAGACGGGUUCCACCCGAUCCAUCAAAGGUUCACGGGCUUCCAUGCUUCUCAAUGUGGGUUUUGCACACCCGGAAUGUGCGUCUCCCUUUUCUCGGCACUCGCCAAUGCCGAAAAGAAAAACAAUCGGCCAAAACCAUCCGUUGGGCUUUCCAAGCUCACAACUUCUGAAGCAGAAAAGGCUAUUUCGGGAAAUCUUUGUAGGUGUACCGGUUACAGGCCCAUUGCCGAUGCCUGCAAGAGUUUUGCAGCAAAUGUUGACUUGGAGGAUUUGGGGGUUAAUUCUUUCUGGAAAAAGGGAGAUUCAAAAGAGGUCAAGGUUAGUAAAUUACCGUCAUACAAUCCAAAGGAUCAUGCCUGUACAUAUGCUGAAAAAUUGGGAGAUGGGUUCGAGUCUAGGGGCCUUUGGAACUCCGAUAAAUGUUCAUGGUACAGUCCUGGAACACUCGACGAGCUUCAAAAGUUGUUGAAUUCUGAUAUGGUUGAAAAUGGGGAAAAGAUCAGAUUAGUUGUUGGCAACACAGCAAACGGGUAUUACAAAGAAACAGAAAAAUACGACAAGUACAUUGAUCUGAGGUAUACCCCUGAGCUUUCGGUGAUUAGAAGGGAUGAGUCGGGUAUUGAAUUUGGAGCAGCUUUGACGAUUUCCAAAGUUAUCUUCUAUCUGAAAGAGAAACGUAGAGUGAGUUUAGGUUCAAGUGGAAAUAUGGUGUUCACCAAAAUUGCUGACCAUUUAGAAAAGCUUGCUUCUGGUUUUAUCCGGAACUCAGCUAGCAUUGGUGGAAAUUUGGUUAUGGCACAGAGGAAUUGUUUCCCUUCAGAUGUUGUCACACUACUUCUGGCUGUGGGUUCUACUGUAAGUCUGCUGUCAGGUCACAAACAUGAAAAAAUUAAAAUCGAGGAGUUCUUGAAGAGACAUCCCCUGGACCCGAAAACGGUCCUUUUGACUGUACACAUCCCUUUUCUUGAACCAAAAACAGUUGAGGGUUGUUCAAUUCAAACUAGCUCGAGAUUGUUUUUCGAAACCUAUCGUGCCUCACCACGGCCUCUCGGAAAUGCAUUGCCUUAUCUCAAUGCGGCCUUCUUAGCCGACGUUAGCUACAGUAAAAAUGGGGUUUUAGUAAAUAAUAUCCAGCUGGCAUUUGGGGCGUACGGAACGGACCACGCAACAAGAGCAAGGAAAGUCGAGGAUUAUUUGAAUGGGAAAAUGCUUAGUGUAGAAGUUCUGUAUGAAGCAAUCAAAUUGGUGAAAGGUGAUGUGGUGUCUAAAGAAGGCACGUCACAUUCUGAUUACAGGUCAAGCUUAGCAGUCGGUUUUCUUUUUGAAUUUCUUAAUUGCUUUUCCAGCGUGGGUUCCGAUUUAUCCAGUGGUUUGUCCAAGGAUUUAAGUUGUUUAUUGCUAGAAGGAGCUGCUAAAAGUGAGAAUGAGUGCAAAAGUAGUCAAAUAGAGGAACCCCCAUUGUUGUCAUCAGCUAAACAGAUUGUGGAAUCGAGUAGAGACUAUCAUCCGGUGGGUGCACCUAUGACCAAAUUCGGUGCUGCCAUGCAAGCUUCUGGCGAAGCUAUUUACGUAGACGACAUUCCUUCACCCGCAAACUGUUUGCAUGGAGCAUUUGUAUGCAGCAGCAAGCCUGUGGCUCGAGUGAAAGGCAUUUCUUUUAAGUCUCAAGAUGAAGUGGCUGCUGUUAUCUCUGUCAAAGAUAUCCCAAAAGAAGGGGAAAACGUAGGAAGUAUGACCGUGUUAGGUGUCGAACCUUUAUUUGCUGAUGAUCUCACUAGAUUUGCUGGUGAUCUCAUUGCUUUCGUGGUUGCAGAGACACAAAAGAAAGCGAAUUUGGCGGCAAAAACUGCCGUAAUUGAUUAUGAUACAGAAGGCUUAGAUCCACCUAUAUUAACAGUUGAAGAGGCUGUUGAACGAUCGAGUUUCAUCGAUAUUCCUCCUUUUGUAUACCCUGCAAAAGUCGGCGAUUUCUCAAAAGGAAUGGCUGAAGCUGAUCACAAGAUUCUCUCAGCUGAGAUAAGAUUAGGUUCACAGUACUACUUUUACAUGGAGACCCAAACCGCCCUCGCAAUCCCAGAUGAAGACAACUGCAUGGUGGUCUACAGUUCUUGUCAAACCCCCGAGUUUGCUCAUAGAGUAAUUGCAAGAUGUCUAGGUCUUCCCGAUCAUAAUGUCCGUGUCCUUACAAGAAGAGUCGGCGGAGGUUUUGGCGGGAAAGCAAUCAAAGCAAUGCCUAUUGCCACUGUCUGUGCUCUCGCGGCUCACAAACUACGCCGUCCGGUCCGAAUUUACAUGGACCGAAAAACCGACAUGACGAUCGCCGGAGGCAGACACCCGAUGAAGAUAACCUACACCGUCGGAUUCAAGACAGACGGCAAGCUCACGGCCUUACACCUGGACGUGCUCGUCGAUGCCGGCAUAACACCCGACAUAAGCCCCGUCAUCCCGAGCAACAUGAUGGGGCCCCUCAAGAAAUACGACUGGGGCGCACUCUCCUUCGACAUCAAAGUUUGCAAGACGAAUCUCCCGAGCAGAUCCGCCAUGCGGGGCCCGGGGGAAGUCCAAGGAUCUUUCAUAGCCGAGGCCAUAAUCGAGCACGUGGCCUCGUUUUUAGAUAUGGAAGCGGAUUACGUGAGGAAACGGAAUCUCCACACGCACGAGAGUCUGAAGAUGUUUUACGGAGACUCGUCUGGGGAAUUGUUUGAGUACACUCUGCCUUUGAUUUGGAAUAAGGUGGGGGAGUCGUCUGGGUUUGAGAUGAGGGUGAGGGAAGUCGAGCAGUUUAACCGGGUUCAUAUGUGGCGAAAGAGGGGAAUAUCUCGAGUUCCGAUUGUGCACGAUGUUUUUGUGAGGCCGAGUCCUGGGAAAGUGAGUGUGCUUUGGGAUGGGUCUGUGGUUGUGGAAGUUGGGGGUAUAGAAUUGGGGCAGGGGCUUUGGACGAAGGUGAGACAGGUGGCGGCAUAUGCUCUUGGUGGAAUUGGGUGUGAUUGUGAAGAUUUGGUGGAGAAAAUUCGGGUUGUUCAGGCGGACACGUUGAGUUUGGUGCAGGGAGGGUUUACGGCAGGUAGCACGACUUCUGAGUCGAGCUGCGAGGCAGCACAUUAUCGAAAUGUGAAUUUGGCAGCAAAUUCUUACUUUGUGCCCGAAUCAAAUUCUAAUAGAUACUUGAACUAUGGUGCUGCAGUAAGUGAGGUGGAGGUAAAUAUCCUAACUGGUGAGACAAUAAUAUUUAGAACAGACAUCGUGUAUGAUUGCGGCCAGAGCAUGAACCCAGCUGUGGAUUUGGGACAGAUUGAAGGGGCAUUUGUACAAGGGCUCGGAUUUUUCAUGCUAGAAGAAUACUUGUUCAAUUCAGAUGGUUUGAUGGUUGCUGACGGGACAUGGACGUACAAGAUCCCGACCAUUGACACUAUCCCUAGAGAAUUCAACGUCGAAAUAUUAAACAGCGGACAUCACCAGAAACGCGUCCUCUCGUCCAAAGCUUCUGGAGAGCCGCCGCUGCUUCUGGCGGCAUCAGUGCACUGUGCCACGCGGGCAGCGAUUAAGGAUGCAAGAAAACAACUCAAGUCGUGGGGAGGAUUGGAAGGCGCUGAGUCGACAUUCCAGCUCGACGUGCCAGCUACUAUGCCCGUCGUUAAGGAGCUAUGCGGUCUCGACUCGGUUGAGACUUAUCUGCAUGCGUUGCUCUCCAUGCGAAACCCGUUGAAUAUUUUGAAUAUUGCAUAA